AUGGGUCUGCCGGAAAAAAUCGAGACGCGUCUCUUCAUCAAUGGAGAGUUUGUUGAAUCAUCAAAUGGAAAUACCUUUGACAUUACCAACCCCGCCACAUUGAAGCUCGUAGCAAAAGUCCACGAGGCAUCUGAGCAAGACACCGACAAUGCUGUCGCUGCAGCAAAAGCCGCCUUUCCUGCUUGGUCGAGAUUGACUCCAGAACAAAGAGGCCAAUACUUCAAGAAGUUGGCUAGUCUGAUCCGAGAGAACAACGAUGAAUUGGCCGCUUUAGAAGCAAGCUCUAUGGGUCGUCCGGUAGGCGAGUUCUUCGAUGCCUAUGCUUCUGCGGCGAAAUGGGAUCGUUAUGCAGAAGCUGGAUACAGUGUGCAAGGUACCACGAGCGUCCAGACUCCGGGAUAUGUCAACAUGACGCUGCGUCAACCUUAUGGUGUUGUAGCUGGCAUUAUCCCCUGGAACGUUCCAUUGUUGUUUUUGGCAAACAAGUUAGCACCUGCUCUGAUUGUCGGGAACACUGUUGUCUUGAAGAGUUCUGAAAAGGCACCAUUGACUUCCGCAAAAGUCGCCACUCUGGUACAGCAAGCUGGCUUUCCCCCAGGUGUGAUCAACAUCAUCACCGGCUUCGGCAAUGUUAGCGGAUCCAUCUUGAGCCACCACAUGGAUGUGCGAGCGUUAUCGUUCACAGGCUCAAGUCGCACGGGACGUUUGAUUCAGGCAGCCGCCGCAAAGUCCAACAUGAAGCAAGUGUUCCUCGAACUUGGAGGCAAGUCUCCGGCGGUCAUCUUCGAAGAUGCCGAUCUGGAAAAGGCCGUGAAAGAAACGGCUCAUAGCAUCCAGUGGAACAGUGGUCAAGUCUGCAUGGCGAACUCGCGCAUUUAUGUCCAGGAUACGGUUGCCGAUAAGUACAUUGAGCUCUUCAAAGAGAACUUUGAGAAAGAAGUCAAAAUGGGCGAUCCGCUCGAUGCGCGCGAGAGUGGCGUCAAUCAUGGCCCACAAGCUGACGAGGCGCAACACAAGACUGUGUUGCAAUAUUUGGAAUCGGGAAAGCAAUCUGGCGGCGAACUUCUCACUGGUGGCGGAGCUCCAUCGGACCGCGAAGGCUAUUACAUCCAGCCCACCAUCUUUAAGAACACACCAGAAGACGCAAAGAUCAUGAAAGAAGAGAUCUUUGGCCCAGUUGUCAACAUCAACGUCUUCAAAAAUGAGGAAGAGGUGCUCGCAAAGGCUAAUGCAACAGAGUACGGACUAUAUGCAUCAGUGUACACCAAGAACAUCGAUCGCGCGAUGCGCUUCGCAACAGGGCUUGAAGCUGGUACGGUCGGCGUCAAUUGCACCUCACCAGUCACCGGCGUAGACAUGCCCUUCGGUGGAUACAAGUCAUCAGGAUCAGGACGCGAAGGCGAGCCUCUGUAUUCCCUGAACAACUUUCUGGAAACAAAGAUGUCAUCUCACUCGGCCGGGCUGUCGAGGGUGUCGGAUAAAUAUGGCCGAGUACGCGGCCUUCCGGGACCAUGUCGUUACUGCGCGCGCACAGGCGCGGUGUGCACAAUCGCUACCCCAAGAAGGAAGAGACCUUAUUACCAUGUCACUGAGGAGGAAUAUCAAUGUUCUAUGCGCAUCCUCGAACAUUUCUUCCCUGGACAUGAGCUGAACCUGCAAUCUCUCCGAACCAUUGCCAAAGCCAUCAAGGAAGGCACGUUCAAUGCGGAGCCUGUCCAGCAUACCGAAGGCCUCUUCAGUAAUGAGCAAGAGUCGCCUGAAGAUGCAGAGAGUAUUGAUGAUGGCGAGGAACAAGACGUACAGGAACUGCAUGAGCCAUUGGGCUGCAUGAUGAAAGACUCCAGAGGGAAAUUUCGAUACGUUGGCGCUCACAGUGAAAUCCCCUUUAAUGCUGCUGUGGCCACUUUGGGUAUGCAAAGAAAGGACCCGUCGAUUAUCCCAGGCCCCAAAGUAGGCUCAUAUCCGCCUACUCUACCAAGCUCCUCGCCUUCUAAUUCCCCUGGUUUUGAAGAGAGCUACUACCUUCCAGGUCGAGAGUUGUGCGACGUCUACAUCUCCCGGUUUCUAGAGGACGUCCAUUGCACGUACUGGCUAUACCCAGUAGAAAACCUGCUUCGACGAAUAGAUAAUACGUACUCGGAAUCGGCGCCGCGCUCAUCAAGCUCCUGGAUGUGCUGUUUGUAUACGAUGUUCGCUAUUGGCGCAGCCAACUAUGUAGGCGCCAAUGGUAAAUCCCCGCCCCCGGAUUGGCCAGCUGCAUUGGACUUGAAGACAUCCGAAGAUUACCUUACACUUGCAAAACAACUCAUUCCCGCAGUAUAUGAUGAGGCCGAUGUCGAUAGUAUACGUGCAAUGGCCACGAUGAGCAUCGCUAUGGAGAACCUUUGCUCCAGGGUCAGCGCUUAUCUGUAUAUGGGCGCUAGCGUUCAGAUGGCGUUUUCUCUAGGUUUACAUCGUGAUCAAUUGGCUGAGUCGGGAACUGCAAUGGAGCGAGAACAAAAUCGCAGAAUCUGGUGGACACUGUUUCAGCUCGACCAAGAAUUAUCUUCGCGAGGCGGGAGUCCGACAGUCAUAGAUGAACGGUUUACGAAGAUACUAUAUCCCGGACUCCAUACCCCGCUAUCAUGGAUGGCGACAUCGGUGUCUCUCUGUCGCUUGAAACGUGAGAUCAUACAAUCAGUCUACAUGGAGCGCUCGGCAAACUCAAUAUCCUUCUCAACCGUGUCUAAUUCUCUGUUGCUGCUGCAAAAAUGGUAUCGCCAGAUGCCGCCACAUCUCAAAUACGACGUACCCUCGCCCCCCACGCACCGGCGCGCAGUCGCAAUCUUGCAUCUCCAAUAUUGGAGUACCACGAUACUCCUCACGCGGCCGUUCCUUCUAUACCUCGUCAUCAAGCACGGAACACUGGCUUCGAGCAAAAGGAUAUGGUUCGAGCGGAUGGGCAAAAUGUGCAUUGACGCCGCACAGAAGAGCAUCUCGAUACUGACGCAAAUGGCAAACGAUGGCACAUUAUCGAGCUUGACGGCUUUUGACAGCACUUGUAUACUACGUCUGAUCAUGAUCUUCAUACUUGCCUUCGCACACACUCGAACAUCCCGGUAUAGCGCGCAUAUUGAGAAGCUGUUGGAGCUUACACGUGGCAUGGAGCAGAUUGGCUUUACCAAAAUGGUGACUGAGGAGACACCAAUCCGUCUUGCCGAUCUGGGCAUCACGGGCCAGGCCCAACAGAGCAACGCAGACGCGAAUGGGUCGAAUGGGCAGGUUCAUCUCGAUGAUGAGAUGAUCGCUCAGUUGUGGGGCAACUGGGAUCCCAACUUCAUGACCCCGCUACAGACACAGCAAAGUCUUGAUCUUACAUUCGAUGAUUCUGGCGCUUACGACAUCAAUUCGGAGUUGUUGGCUUUCACAAACUUGGACGAUUCCAUCGUCAUUGAUCCGUCGCAAGCGUUUUCACACUAUGGCAUGCAUUGCUGA